AUGGCCAUGAUGGCACUGUGGGUCCUCCUGCUGAUGGAAAAUCUGGCCUCUGUGCCCACCUUUCCCAUGGCUAUUUCAGGGGAUGGUGGCUGGCGGCUGCAAGACACUCAUGCCCUCCUUCUUGGCCCGUUCCAGACUGCCUUUGGCCCUGAGUUAAAGGAGGCCUGCCAAGUGUACCAAACGCUGGGCCAUGGACUUCCACGGGACGCACAGAAGCGCACCCUCACUAUGUGUGAGCCUGUGGCAGCUCUGGCUGCUGUGUCAGUCAGCUCCCAGGCAGCUGUCAGCGGAGGCCAGGCUCUGGCACAGCAGGUCCACCCUCCAAAGAUCCAAGGGAGUGAGAGAAGGAACAGAGGCAUCACUGAGAAGCCGCACACUCAGCGGCGCAAGGAGAUACUAGCUAAGUACCCGGCCAUCAAGGCCCUGAUGCGGCCGGACCCGCGCCUCAAGUGGGCGGUGCUGGUGCUGGUGCUGAUGCAGCUGCUGGCCUGCUGGCUGGUGCGCAGGCUGGCCUGGCGCUGGCUGCUCUUCUGGGCCUACGCCUUCGGAGGCUGCGUGAACCACUCGCUGACGCUGGCCAUCCACGACAUCUCACACAAUGCGGCCUUUGGCACGGGCUGCGCGGCGCGCAACCGCUGGCUGGCCGUGUUUGCCAAUUUGCCUGUGGGUGUGCCCUAUGCCGCCUCCUUCAAGAAGUACCACGUGGACCACCACCGCUACCUGGGUGGUGAUGGGCUGGACGUGGACGUGCCCACGCGUCUGGAGGGCUGGUUCUUCUGCACGCCCGCCCGUAAGCUGCUCUGGCUGGUGCUGCAGCCCUUCUUCUACUCGCUGCGGCCCCUCUGCGUCCACCCCAAGGCCGUGACCCGCAUGGAGGUGCUCAACACGCUGGUGCAGCUGGCGGCCGAUGUGGCCAUCUUUGCCCUCUGGGGGCUCAAGCCCAUGGUCUACCUGCUGGCCAGCUCCCUCCUGGGCCUGGGCCUACAUCCCAUCUCGGGCCACUUCGUGGCCGAGCACUACAUGUUCCUCAAGGGCCACGAGACCUACUCCUACUAUGGGCCCCUCAACUGGAUCACCUUCAACGUGGGCUACCACGUGGAGCACCACGACUUCCCCAGCAUCCCGGGCUACAGCCUGCCCCUGGUGCGGAAGAUGGCGCCCGAGUACUACGACCACCUGCCACAGCACCACUCGUGGGUGAAGGUGCUCUGGGAUUUUGUGUUUGAGGACUCCCUGGGGCCCUACGCCAGGGUGAAGCGGGUGUACAGGCUGGCAAAGGACGGCCUGUGAGCCCGGGCUGCCUCCUGGUGGCGGUCAUCGUCCCCCACCGGCCCCUUGGCCUCACGCCCCAGCACCGAGGGGCUGCAUUUCCUUCCUGUACCCUGGACUGCUGCCCUUGUCCCCGAGGAGUGUCCUGGGCAGCCACACCUGGAGACAGCAGUGUGGGCUUCAGGGCUCCACCUGCACGUGGAGUUGCCCUGGACCUUCAGCGUGGCCCUCCCUGUUUGGGCCUCACCAGGUGAGACCUGGCCCUGCCCCAUCGUGACCUGCAUGCUCUGAGCCCACGGUCCCCACGGAGCUGACUUCUCUGGGGUGCCUGUGCCCUACAUUAAACCCAGCGUUUGUUUCACAGCC